UUUUCCCUCUCAAUUUUCUUUCUUUCUUUCAUUCUUGCUUACUUUAAUUAAUUAAUUACUUAUUUUUAAUAUACACGUCGCGACGACGCCGCGAAAAACUUUCCGCGUACUUGACGUGUAGUGUUUUCGAUGUAAACGCUCGACGAGGCCUAACGUCGGAGAGUGUGGCAGUUUUUAUAUAUAUAUAUAUAUACAUACAUAUAUUUAUAUAUAUAUAUAUAUCCAGGACAUAUAUAUAUAUAAUUUUUUUCCCUUUUCUUCGUUUCUCUUGUGUCCUUUGAAGUUUUUCGUUCUGAGAACGAGAUUACGCUUCGGUCUUUGUUUUCGAAUCGUAGAAAACGAAGAAGAAGAAGAAGAAGAAGAAGGGAAUAUUCUUUCUCACAAAAAAAAAAUAAUAAUAAUAAUAACAAUAACAAUAAUAACAACAACGACGACGACGACGACGAGAAAAAGAAGUAAAAAAAAAAGUGUUGAAGUCGAAGAAAGGAAGAAGAUAGAAAGGGAAAGAGACUGACGGAUACGUAGUGUUUUUGUGCAAAAAAAAAAGAAAGAAAAGGGAAAGAAAGAAAGAAAGAAAGAAGAAGAAGAAGAGAGAAAGAAGAAAGAGGAGUGAAGAAACUGAAGGAACAUGUCGACCGCCGUCAUGAGUACGCCCAUGUUCGAGUGCAACGAGGCUCUCUUUAAGAACACGAGCUCCGCGAAGAGCAAGGACACGGGUACAAGCAAUGCAACGUCGGUAUCAUCGGCAAACAACAACAAUGGCACGAACGGAGGUCACGCACCUUUACGUCGUAGCUACACUUCUUUAGUGACUACAUUGAUCGAGCAACAUCGUAAACUCGACAGGAGCGCGAGCGAGCCAACGUCUCGUUACAAGACGGAACUUUGUCGGCCGUUCGAGGAAAGUGGAGCCUGUAAAUACGGAGACAAGUGUCAGUUCGCUCAUGGAUACAGCGAGCUACGAAAUUUGGCUCGUCAUCCGAAAUAUAAAACAGAAUUGUGUCGUACCUUCCAUACGAUUGGAUUUUGCCCGUACGGACCGCGGUGCCACUUUAUUCACAACUUCGAGGAGGCUCGUAUACACAAUCAGAAGGUGAGCGCACAGUUAGGCUCAUCGCAGCCCAACAUCAUGGGUUUGAAUCCGUUGUUGGGUGCAGCGGCUGCAGCCGCGGCAGCCGCAGCAGCGGCCGCGGCCGGUGGUAAUACCGGUGGUGUCACCGGUGGUAACAGCAACGGCUGUAACACCAGUACAGCAGCAGUCGCAGCAGCAGCCGCAGCAGCAGCAGCAGCAGCCGGUGCUGCUACGAACGCACCUAGUAACGCAGCCGCAGCCACGGCAGCCGCCAAUUCCGCCAAUCUUAGCGUCGGCCUCUUGGAACAGAUAGCUGCCGCUAGCUCGUCCCAAGUAGCUGCGGUAGCCGCAGCAGCAGCAGCUGCCAAUUCACCACCGAAUCUAAUGAGAACGAAUUCUCUAAGUUUGGCUGCCACCACGGCCAACGCUGCCUUUACACCACCGCCCUUGCUACGAACAAAUUCUCUUAGUCUUGCCUCGAGCCACCAUCAUCAUCAACAACAUCAUCAACAACAUCAUCACCAACAUCAGCAUCACCAUCAUCAUCACCAUCAUCGUCAAACGGCCGGUGCUAACGGUGCUGCCGGUGGGAGUUCCAUCGUUGGUGCUACCAGGCCAAAACCGCUCAACCUCAGCCCGACAUUUUCCCUCGGUAGCACGGCGGACUCUGUCUCGCCGUCCUCAAGUCUCAGCCAAUCUCCUACUAACUCAAUGGCAAGUUUCUUCAGCGACGACUCGACGCAGCAAGCUAACGUAAACAACAAUCUACCAACAACACCUUUCAGCUUCGGUCAGGAUUUUGGGCUUCUCGCUACACGACAAACUCCAAGUCCACGUACGAACGUUUGCAGUCCACUCGGUUCAGACGAGAUCACGCCAAGAACACCCUCACCGUUAUCGCCUAACGCAGAGUCAAGGUUGCCUGUAUUCAACAGGAUCAGCAGCACCCUAGGUGACUUCGACAACCUUAAGAUCUAAAACUCUCCCUUCUAUCGCUCUGUAUGUUGUUUCUUCGCGCGAUCGAAAGAAAGACAAAAACUAACAACACACGUAUCUCGUUUUAUAAAAACGUGUGUCGAUUGAAAAUUUUUAAUAUCUCUUUUCGAGAGAUAAAAAUGAUGAAAUUUCGUUCUUUUUUUUUUUUUUUUCUUCUCUUCCGCGGACGGGGAGCGAUCGCUUCUCUCUUCUCCGUCGUUAUUCCGCUUAUUAUUUAAAGCAUUCUUCUUCUCCUUCAUCUUUUUAAUUCUUUUUUCUCUUUUAACGACGCACCUUCGUGCAUUUUGCUAUCGUUCUUGAACCAUCGUCUUUUGUGUUUUCCCUAAAAUUUUUGUCUUUUUUUUUAAAUCCUUAUCCUCAUUAUUAUUAUUAUUAUUAUUAUUA